GUAAGAGACUAGAAAACCUUAUUUUUAACGAACCAUGCUGCUAAAAUUGUUAUUUGUGAACGUCAUUUGGUUAGGUUUGGUCAAAACUGAGCUAAGUAUUAUUUAUAACUUCUUUAUUCCCUAAUCAGGUUCAUUCAUGGUAGAUUCCAGCGAACAACAUGGCGGAGAUUUUCAUUUUUCAGUUGUAACUGAAGAUAUAUUUCAUCUAAACUUAGGUCUCUGUAUAAGGGCUUAUGUCUGAUUUGGUUACCAACGAUGGUCCAUGCUGUGCUGCUUCUCUGGCAGGCGUUUAAAGAGGAAGGGAAGAUCAUAGAGGAGCGGAAAUCUGCGUGUCAAUGGUGGGUUUCAGGUCGUAGCUCUGACGGGAGAGUGAAGCAUUACCUGCUUAGGGUGAAGAGGACCUGAUAGAAGGUAGCAACUCAUCAGAGUCAUCGAGUGUCAUUGCAAAACUGUUGAAUCUGUGUGGAGAAUAGUUGUACUUAGAUAGAUAGGGUUUGCUGACAGGAUCUUCUAAAGUGCACUCAUCAAUGUCGUUCGGAUCGCCAGGAGGAGCACGUUCUUUCAAAGUCUCUCCGCCCGAGAAGGGUUCAUUCCCUCUGGAUCAUGGUGGUGAGUGUAAGGAGUUCAUGAGGAAGUACAUGAGGUGUUUAAGAGACAAUCUUGGAGAGAAUACCAAAUGCAGAGUGGAGUCCAAGGACUAUCUGGAAUGCAGAAUGAAAAAGAACCUGAUGGCAAAGGAAGACCUUAAAAACCUUGGUUAUGGGGACCUCAAAACCACAUCAGAAGCUGGCAGUGUUUAAUAGAAUGUUGAGGGAGAACGUUUUAGCAGCCUUUGCAGAAUAAGAUCCAUUAAGAAAGAGUUUGCAGAGUAGAUUUUAUAGUGCUGUCUGUACUCUCAGAUCCUUUUUCAUUUAAGUAAACUACAGAUGUUAUAAGUGUUAAACUAAAAAUAAAGUGACAGCAAAAAUGUUCCAUCCAUCACGAGGAGGAAAUCGGGGCGGGGCUGACCAGUUCACCUGGGAUGAGGUCAAGUCAGACAAGUACAGAGAAAACUACUUGGGCCAUUCUGUCAUGGCACCAGUCGGCCGCUGGCAGAAAGGCAAGGACCUAACAUGGUAUGCCAAGGACAAGAAGGCCAGUGGAGCAGCAGAAAAAUCUGAAUUAGAGGCCAUCAAAAGAGCUGAAGAGGAAGCCAUGAUGGCUGCUCUCGGCCACAAAGUUAUAAAAAAAACCUCAGCAGGGCUUACCAAGGAAGAAAUGUCUGAAGUGUUUAAGAGAGGUCAGUCAGAGAGGAACCCGACAGACAUUGAGAGAGAGAAGGGCCUUGGUUUUGGAGCCUCACGAGCUGCCAUGUCCACAGCAACGCUGGAGGACAGGGAUGCAGAGAAGCAUGGCAUGAUGCUGUUCACUCACAAACGGACAGACCCUACGGAUACUGGGGCUAUGCCAAACACGGAAGAGGAAAGCUCAAAGAAGAAGAAGAAGAUGAAAAAGAAGUCCAAAAAGAAGAGGAAGAAAAAGAAAGAGAAGAAGAAAAGACAUGACUCAUCCUCAGAAUCAUCCUCUGAAUCAGAAUCAGAGGCCAGGUGGAAAGGAAGAGGAGAAGGAAAAAGACAGAGGCAUGACAGCUCAACGGAUGAGGAAGAUCAACACUCACGGAGACGUGCAGAGAAGAGAAGGGACCAAGGAAGAGACGACGGGCUCAAGAGGAAGCAUCAUGAAGACACAGAACCAAGGAGGACACGUCAUGUUGAUAGUCGCAGAAGAGAAAGGGACGAAAUAGACCACAAACAGGGUAAGAACAGGGAUUCAACAAGGGGACAUGGUUACCACAGGGAAAAGGUCCCAGAGCAUGACACUAGUAGGAAGAGAAGAAGGCAUGAUACUGAUAGUGAGGAUGAACAUGAGAGGGGAAGGAGUGACAGAAAUAGGUCCAGUCACAGGGAAAGGGAUGAAAGAAGGCAGAGAGACAAGUCUUAAGUUAAGAUGAAAUGAACACGCAUUUUCCAUACAGUCUAGAACUCGAAAUCUCUUUUUCUUGUAGCAUUGGUUUGAUUCAACAGCUUGUCUAUUGCUAAAAUGGUACAAUAGUAUGUAGUAAAAACUGUUAAUUAAUGGCACUUGGGACCCUUGCUCCUCUUCACAAAAAUUUUAUAAGGCGUAAGGUAUGCACAUUGGUUGUUGAGCUUAGUUAGUUGGAGUUGAAAAUAGCGCUAUAGAAUAAUUUUUUUAAUGAAGUCAAGUCAGUGCACUUUGUAAACAUGUGAAUAGUACAUGUAUGCACAAAAUGACUAGUGUAGCCACCGUGUAGACAAAAGUGUUGUUAUGCACCCUUACUCACCUUAGUCAUGGAUUGUCUAAUCUGCUAGUUUUUUAGAAUUUGAUGGCAAGACAGGAAAACAGCUAACCAGAUAUGUUAUAUCCAAAAAGGAAAUAGGCCUAUUAUACUUUGUUACUACUAGUAUGUAACAGUUUUCCUUGACUAGACAUGCAAGAACUGAUCAACAGGAAUUGAAUGACCUGAGUUAUUAGUAAAAGGCAUAUGAAUUACUGCAGUGGUCUGAUUGCAUGACCUCUUUUAUCGUAUGAGUUUCUUUGUCAAUGCAUAUGCUCAAUAAAGGUUGAUAAAACAUGUG